GGCGGGACGUCCGGGGCGGGCUCUGAGGACCCGGUGCGGAAGGGCCCGGCCCGGGCCAGGUCUGAACAAAGCGGCAGCGGCCCGGCAUGGCGGCCCCGCUCCGCCUCUGGCUGCUCCUGCACCUCCUGCCGCAGGUGUACUGCGAGUAUGGGAUGGUACAUGUCCUUUCAGAGAAGGGGAGCAGCAAAGGAAAGGACUACUGUAUCCUCUUCAACUCUCAAUGGGCCCAUUUGCCACAUGAUCUGGGUAAAGCUUCACUUUUGCAACUUCAGGAUCAGACAGGAUCUGUUUUGUGUUCCCCUUCUGAUGUACCUGAUGGGGGAUUUAAUAAUCAAAUCCCCAUGGUGAUGCGAGGAAAUUGCACCUUCUAUGAGAAAGUGAGGCUUGCUCAGAUAAAUGGAGCUCGUGGGCUGCUGAUUGUUAGUAGAGAGAGACUGGUUCCUCCUGGGGGUAACAGGAGUCAGUAUGAAGAGAUUGAUAUUCCUGUGGCUCUGCUCAGCUAUAAUGACAUGUUAGAUAUUGGCAAGAGUUUUGGCAGCUCAGUGAAAGGGGCAAUGUAUGCACCAAAUGAGCCUGUGCUGGACUACAACAUGGUGAUUAUCUUUGUCAUGGCUGUGGGGACUGUUGCAAUUGGAGGCUACUGGGCAGGAAGCAGAGAUGUGAAAAAGAGGUACAUGAAGCACAAACGUGAUGAUGGGACAGAGAAACACGACGAUGAAACGGUGGAUGUGACUCCAAUAAUGAUCUGUGUGUUUGUAGUGAUGUGCUGCUCAAUGCUCGUCCUGCUGUAUUUCUUCUAUGACCACUUAGUCUAUGUUAUUAUAGGAAUAUUCUGCCUGGCUGCCUCAAUUGGUCUCUACAGUUGUCUGUCUCCCUUUGUAAGAAGAUUCCCCUUGGGAAAGUGUAGGAUCCCAGACAACAACUUGCCUUAUUUUCACAAGCGCCCCCAGGUCCGAAUGUUGCUCUUGGCAAUAUUUUGUAUCUCUGUCAGCGUAGUCUGGGGAAUCUUCAGAAAUGAAGAUCAGUGGGCCUGGGUUCUGCAAGAUGCUUUAGGAAUUGCUUUCUGUCUUUACAUGUUGAAAACAAUUCGCCUGCCUACAUUUAAGGGCUGUACCUUGCUCCUCCUGGUUCUCUUUGUGUACGAUGUAUUCUUUGUAUUUAUCACACCUUUUUUAACAAAGACUGGGGAGAGUAUAAUGGUGGAGGUGGCUGCGGGCCCAUCGGAUUCUGCCACUCACGAGAAGCUCCCAAUGGUCCUGAAGGUUCCACGACUGAAUUCCUCACCAUUAGCUCUGUGUGACAGGCCUUUUUCUCUGCUAGGAUUUGGAGACAUUUUAGUUCCAGGCUUACUGGUAGCCUAUUGCCAUAGAUUUGAUAUUCAGGUGCAGUCAUCCAGAGUCUAUUUUGUAGCCUGCACAAUAGCAUAUGGCAUAGGCCUUCUUGUGACCUUUGUUGCCUUGGCACUGAUGCAGAUGGGCCAGCCUGCUCUCCUCUACCUGGUGCCCUGUACUCUCCUCACCAGCUUCGCAGUGGCCCUUUGGAGAAGGGAGCUGGCCAUGUUCUGGACGGGCAGCGGCUUUGCGAAAGACCUACCUCAGCCUCCUGUGGUGAUAGCCCCUGUCAACUGCCAUGAGCUUCCCAAAGACAGCAGCGAUGCAGCCCCUCAGCAAGAGGCAGAGCAGAUGACCAAUCCCACCCUGCACGUGAAGGAGCCGCCUGGCCCCAGCUCGGCUGAAGAGGAGCUGGCUGACACCACACAGACAGAGCAGUCAGAAAUCUCUGUUGCACAGAGUGAGGAACCAACUGCUCAGAAUAAGGACAACCUUGAAAGCAAAUGCCUAAAUGCAGAGCAAAGCCAGGUGGAAUAAGUGAUGUGAUAAGAACUCCUUACUUUCCCUCACAAACAUAUCCAUGUAAAACCAGUAUAUAUUUAGGACUGGUUUAGUAGGGUUUGCAUUCAUUGAGGAACCUCACUGGGAGUCUGAUCGUCAAAUCCAACAAGGAAUGUUCUGCCUCCAGCUUCGGUACAGCUACACACUUCAAACAUCCUUCUGAAAUAUGGUGCUCUCCAGGAGUUCUGAUGUGUGGGUUUCAAUGAUCACUUUGGUAGUGGAUGCCUUUGACCAUCUGUUCCAUUUGCAUUAUACCAGGGUAGCAUUAAGAAUCUUUAUUUACCCAGUGCUCUGUGCUUGUGUGGUUGUUUUGCUGCUGUGGCAUGGUGUGGGUUACCAUGGAGGAACAGCAUUGAACAAAUCUGCUACAAUGCUUGGCUGAGAGAAACGUGGUCUUUUUUUUUCCAGCACUUUCCCUAUUGCCACCUUUUACUUUACUUCUCCUGACUUGUCAAAGCCAUUGAUAUAAGGGAAUGCUUUAGUAUAAACUGACAUUCAGGAAAUGCAGAGGAUGGUUAAAUUACCAUCACUCUGAAAGGAUUUACACUACCGUGGUGCAUUUAAUGCAUCUCUUUUGUUUUUACUUUGUUCUUAGUUACCUGGGUUGGCUACUAGUCUAGUUUAAAAGGCAGGAUGAGUGGAGCUCCAGGAAGCUUUCUAGUCAUUCAUGUGAAUUCUAAGGGCUGUCUCUGAUAAUAAACAAGGUUGGUCACAGAAUGCUGCUUGGAAGCAAAUGCAUAUUAAGAAUGUUUUAGAAAUAAAAUACAAGCCAAAUAGGUAAGAAAAUAGGUAGUAACACUAUACUAAGCUUAACAGGCAGUAGUUUCAUUGGGAAAAUGUUAAAGCAGUAAAAGUUCAUGUGUUUUGGGGGCUUUGAGCUUCUAUUUGUUGUUCAUUCAAGGACUAUAAUUGUGAUUUCUAAUUCCGAAGAAAAUAGUCUGUUUUUCUCAUUCCCAAGGGAGCACAUGUGGUGCUACAGACAGUUGUGAUUUAAAGGUACUUGCUGCUCAGUAACUUACCAGCUGCCUAAGUCAUGUUUGGUCUUUGUCCCAAGAGUAGACAAAGCACGGCCUGUCAGGUUCUGGAAUGAGCCUGGGAUCUUUCCUGUAAUUUUGCCUGUCUUGCUUCAUGACAUUGUGAAGGACUAAAUUUGUCAAUUUGAAAAUUU